AUGGUUCCCCAAAUUAGGAAGGCUCAGAAAAAGGGGAAGGAGCCGCCCGGCUACGAUGGGAGGUCUCUCUCGAAGCCCCUCCCCUUCUACUCACUUGAGCCACCCCAUGUCCAUAAUGCAUUGAUUCUUCCAGGGCCAGAUGCACCAGUGGAAGGAAACAAGAAAAUGCGGAGGGGGAUGGAACAUCGAAACGAAACGCGGAAGCCUGUCCAUCCUGCUCCUUCAUGGCCACCAGUCUUGCCACGGCUGGCUUGGGCUGAACCCAGUAUUGCACAGAGCCCUUCUCCGACGGCAAAGAGCAGCGUUCGGUCUCCUGAAACAAACACAGAAAACGGACAGACUGGGCCAGAUCAAGGACCGAAGCUGGAGCACAUCUGCACAGCACGAAAUGGCUGUCUCCACAUCAGACAUGGCCUAAUUAGCACAACACAGUACAACAUACUCCAUGCAGGCGGCUAA